CCCGUGCUAGGGUAGCAAUCAACUACGACGAGCUCACAGGCUCCACAGAUAAAACUGCCGAUAAGGCUUCUAUUCUACACCAUUCUCUGCUCUCCCCCAACAAAACAAUCAGUUCAUUUUUAACGGGAGUUUUUCGGCUGGUAACUAUGGCCGCCAUGAGUUUGAGUUUCAAUCUAGUGAGCGCGUUCAAAGGCCUUUCCGUUGGUUCCAGCUCCUCGUCGUCCUUCCUCGGAAGCGACUUCGGUUCGAUUCACAUCAGCCAAAACGUCACCGUUUCGUUCCCGAUCAAGCCGCGGCUGACGAUUUUGGCGGCGCACAAGAAAGGAGCUGGUAGCACUAAGAACGGCCGUGACUCUCAGGGGCAGCGGCUUGGGGUCAAGAUCUUCGGCGACCAAGCCGCGAAGGCCGGCUCCAUUAUCGUCCGCCAACGUGGCACCAAGUUUCAUCCAGGGAAAAAUGUAGGGCUCGGCAGGGAUUACACUAUUUUCUCCUUGAUAGACGGGCUCGUCAAGUUCGAAAAGUUUGGACCUGAUAAGAAAAAGGUAAGUGUUUAUCCACGAGAAGUGCAACCUGAAAAUCCCAACAGCUAUAGAGCACGCAAAAGGGAGUCCUUCAGGCUGCAACGUGAAAGAAGAAGGGCAAGAAGAGAAGGCAUCGAAUAUGAACCACAAUUGGUGCUUGCUUCAGCAUCUGAAGCCUAUGAGGAUAGCCUUGCUUGCUAGCCACGCUAUAUAAAAGGGGCGUUUUAUUGCUUUCGACUGUUGUAAUCGUGAUUUAUUACUGCCUUGACUUGACCAGUUCAUAUUUUGUUUUUUCUUUUUUCUUUUUGGUGUAUGUUGAUCUUUUCUCAGUUGAAGUUUCACUCAAUGUUGGUCCUCCUCAAAUCUAGAAUGCCUAUUGCCCAAGCAGUUAACCAAAAAUGGCUUUGUUUACCUGUUAUUAGGAUUCUCACUGAGUUAUGAACUUAUGAUGCUUGACAACAUUAUUGAAUGGCAAUUUGUCUAUUGAAAUUAAAAUUCUCAUGAAAUGAAAUUUAUCAAAUGGG